AUGAGAGAUUCUUCAGAUUGUUCUUGGGAAGCAACAGUAGGUUGGCCAUCUGAAGGUUUAUGCUCGGCUAUGUACUGGUGCAUGACUUAUGUAUUGGUUUGUGGAGGCGAUCUCAAGUUCGACGAUGAUCUAUUGGAAGAACCUAGCCUACGUGUGAUCUCAGGUUCGACAAUGAUCUAUUGGAAGAACCUAGCCUAUGACGAUCUCAGGUUCGAAGAUGAUCUAUUGGAAGAACCUAGCCUACGAUCGAUCUCAGGAGAUCUCAGGUUCGACGAUGAUCUAUUGGAAGAACCUAGCUUACGUGCGAUCUCAGGUUCGACGAUGAUCUAUUGGAAAAACCUAGCCUACGACGAUCUCAGGUUCGACGAUGAUCUAUUGGAAGAACCUAGCCUACAGGUGAACUCAGGUUCAAUGAUGAUCUAUUGGAAGAACCUAGCCAACAAGCAAUCUCAGGUUCGAAGAUGA